AUGGCAGCUAAGGGCAUCAACCACCUCCGUAUCAUGGCUGCCUCAGAAGGCGCUCCAACACCACAACCCUUCAGAAUGAAUCCGCCACUCAUGCAAGCACCCGGCCAGUACAAUGAAGACGUCUUCACAGGCCUCGACAUUUGCCUUGCCGAGAUGUCGAAACGCGGCAUGCGUGCGACCAUGACCUUGAACAACGAAUGGCAAUGGAGCGGCGGCUUCGCCCAAUACGUAUCCUGGGCCAACAACAACACCGCGAUCCCCUAUCCAGAGUCCUGGAACUUGACUGCACCACCCCAGCGCUCAGCUCCCGGCACGGGAUGGGGAAACUAUACCGAAGAAGGUGUGAACGCUGCUCCAUACAGCAACUUCACCCGCUUUGCCAACCUAAUCUACAACAACACGCAAGCAGAGACAUGGUACAAAGAUCACAUCAAAACCGUCAUGAACCGACGCAACACCAUCACAGGACGCCUCUACACCGAAGACCCUACCAUCAUGACCUGGCAACUCGCCAACGAACCCCAACCGAGCGACGAACUAGGCUACACAGGCCCCUACAACAUCUUCCUCGAGCCGAAUCCCAACGACCUGCUCUUCCCCUGGGUCGACCGUAUCUCCAGCUACAUCCGCAGCCUCGCGCCCAAACAGCUCAUCAGCGUAGGAUUGGAAGCCAAGCAAGGAGAAUACUACUUCAAGCGCGUGAACAACUUCUCCACCGUCGACUACGCCACGACGCACUGUUGGGUACAGAACUGGGGCGUAUACGACAUGUACAACGCCACCGACGCAAAUCUAGUCGCUGCCCAGGAUUUCGCGCGGGAUUUCAUGAAGAAUAGCUCGAGGUGGGCAAUGGAUAUUGGAAAACCGGUUUUCCUCGAGGAGUUUGGCAUGGCGAGGGAUAAUUGGGAGAAUGAAGAUGAGGAAUAUCCGUAUUUGAGUGGCGCGAGUACGACGCACAAGGACGCGUAUUUUACGACGAUUAUCGGCGCCGUUAUGGAUGAGUUCCGUAACGGUGGGGCGUACAUUGGUACCUCACCUUGGGCUUACGGCGGUAUAUGGCGGCCUGAGACGCAGGUUGUGAAUGAGUUUGGUAUGGUAUGGGCUGGGGACCCGCCGCAUGAGAGUCCGGGCUGGUACGAUCUUUAUGAUGAUGAUCAUGCUAUGGAGAUUGUACAUGCGCAGCAGAAGAUGAUUAAGAUGUGGAUUGAGAAGCAGGGGAAAAACCAAACGGGUCACUAG